AUGGCUUGGCACUUGGCGAUAACCAUUUCUGGGCUACUCAUACCCAUCUCGUUGAUCUAUUCAUAUUACCGCUACAAAUUGAGCUACUUUGAGCGUCGCGGCAUACCACAUUUGCCACCUGAUAUCCUACGCCGACAGCGUGAUACAAUAGAGCUACUGCGCAUCGCCUACAAGCGCUUCAAAGGAAACACGCCUAUCGCGGGAAUAUUUCUACAAACCACACCUGCAGUUAUUAUAAUCGACUUGGAGCUGAUAAAACGCGUGUUGAUCGAUGAUUUUUCAAGUUUCGCUGAUCGUACGGACAAUCAAUCCAGCAACAAAGAAUUGCUAUAUGCACUCGAAAACGCUGAAUGGCAGACGAUGCGACGCAAACUCACGCCUUGCUUCUGGUCAGCUAAGAUGAGUGAAAUAUUUCCAGCAGUAAUUAGAGCAGCUAAGAGCUUGGUUAGCAAUUCCGAAAUAGUUGACCAAAGUGAUGAUGGAACACUUGAUAUACAAGGGCUUUGUACACGCUAUGCCAGCGAUGCUUUCGUCAGCUGUGUUUUUGGUGUUGAGCUCAGCGGCGCAAAUGAGUCAACACAGACGUUACGCUUGCGCAUACAAGAGCUGGUAGCGCGGGAGUGUCAAACACGAUUCACAACUAAUUGUAUGAUGACGCGAGAGCAUUGUGCGCGUUGUACACACGCACAAACAUCAGAAGUGCCACUUAACUUGAGACAGCAACAAUUUCUCAACAAUGGUUUUAAAGAUUAA